UUAAAGCUGCUACGCUUUGUUCAGAAUGGGAAAAGGAACUUAGAAACCCAGAAUGGCAUCCUUUUAUGGUAGUCGAGGAUGGCGAUAAAUAUACAGAAAUUCUCAAUGAGGACGAUGACAGGCUUCUCAAGCUAAAAGAGCUCGGUGAAGAAAUAUACACCUCAGUAGUAAAGGCGCUGCUUGCAUUGAAUGAGCACAACCCCAGCGGAUGCUUCCCUGACAAGGUGUUGUGGAACUAUAAGGAUGACAGGAGAGCAACAUUGAAAGAGGCCAUCGAGUACAUCAUAAAACAGUGGGGAUCACUCAAGAGGAAGCGUUGAGCCCCACCUGCCAAUUGUUAUUCUGCAGGCUUUCAGGAAACAUGAACAUGAGCAUUGCACUUGACUUAAUAUAGUCGUCGUGCUAGUGGAUUAGUUAGAAUUCUGUAGUAGUUCACUACUUCUUUAUGACCAUGCCACUAGAUUAAUUAGCUUUGGUCACCUUUUGCUCGCUAGCUAGUGCGUACCUAAUGCUAGUAUU